UUCCGUCUCCGAAAUGGCGAAUUUAGCCGCGGCGGUUGCUGCUGCCGCGAGUAGAGAUCCAGCGGUUGACCGUUCUUUACGUUCUGUCUUUGUGGGAAACAUCCCGUAUGAAGCGACAGAGGAGCAGUUGAAAGACAUCUUCUCCGAAGUGGGCCUCGUUGUCAGUUUCAGAUUGGUAUACGACAGGGAAACGGGAAAGCCAAAGGGAUAUGGCUUCUGUGAAUAUCAAGACCAGGAGACGGCGCUUAGUGCUAUGCGGAACCUGAAUGGUAGAGAGUUCAGUGGUAGGGCUCUCCGGGUGGACAAUGCAGCUAGUGAGAAGAACAAGGAGGAGCUAAAAAGCCUGGGAACGGGAGCCCCCAUUAUUGAGUCUCCUUAUGGAGAAAAUGUCCAACCAGAUGAGGCGCCAGAGUCUAUUAGCAGGGCUGUUGCCAGCCUGCCCCCAGAGCAGAUGUUUGAGCUCAUGAAACAGAUGAAGCUGUGUGUGCAAAACAGUCCCCAGGAGGCAAGGAACAUGCUGUUGCAGAACCCACAAUUGGCCUAUGCUCUGCUUCAGGCCCAAGUGGUGAUGAGGAUUGUUGACCCUGAGAUUGCCCUGAAAAUGCUCCAUCGUCAGACAGCGACCCAGCCUCUGAUUACCAGCAACCAGGGUGGAGGGGCGCCAGCAGGCAAUCCACCUCCUGCCCAGCCUAGUGUUCCCAUCUCCCAGCCACAGCCUCUGCCUGGAAUGCAUGUCAAUGGAGCCCCACAGAUGAUGCAGCCCCCUAACAUGGGUGGUGUCCCUGGCCCUGUACCCGGACAAGGACCUGUUGGCCCUCCAGGAAACCCUCAGCAUUCUCCAACAGGAUCAUCUGGGCAGGCUGCUAUCGAGCGGCCUCAAGGGCCAGGAGGUAUCCCUCCCAGGGGCUUACUGGGAGAUGGUCCCAAUGAUCCCCGAGGAGGAACCCUACUGUCUGUCACUGGAGAAGUUAUUGAGCCCAAUCGCGCCUACAUGGGGGCUCCACCACCCCACCAAGCCCCGCCCAUGCACAUGGGCCAAAUGGGAGGUGGACCCCCACCAGACAUGAGAGGACCUCCUCAUGACAUGAGAGGCCUACCCAUGGUUGAGACCCGAAACAUGAUUGGAGACCCCAGAGGGCCCCCAAUGAUGGAACCACGAGGGCCCCCGAUGGAGUCACGAGGGCCCCCGAUGGAGCCACGAGGACCCCCGAUGGAGCCACGAGGACCUCCAAUGGAAAGCAGAGUAGGCCGCGACCCCAGAGCUAUGGAUGCUCGUGGGCCCGUGUCUGGGCAGAGGGUGCCCAUGGCAGGAGGAAUGCAAGGUCCAGUUCCCCACAAUAUGGGUCCUAAUGCACCUCCACCUGCAAGAGCGGGUCCUGCUCAUGCUGGUGUUCCACAGUCUGGAGGAGGCUUCAGCCCAGGACAGAGCCAGGUUUCCUCGCAGGACCAAGAGAAGGCUGCUCUGAUCAUGCAAGUACUGCAGCUCACCCCAGAACAGAUUGCCAUGUUGCCCCCGGAACAGAGACAGAGUAUCCUCAUCCUCAAGGAGCAGAUUCAGAAGACGGCAGGGGCGCCUUGAAGAGCCCGCUGCCUAUAAAACUAAACGCUCUGGGAAACUGGUUUGCCCACACCCCUGCUCCCGUUACCUCCAUUUUCAACCAGUCCGAAGACAUCCCCUCGUAAUAGAACAUUUUGUAUACUGUGUUUUGGGUCAUAUCUGCUUUUUAUAUGAGCUAAUUAAGUUGAAGCUUGCUAAUGAAAUGCAAGUGAAUCUUCAGAGAGUGACAUUUUGUGAGACUCGAACAGAAAAGCCAAGAGCUCGAUGUCGUGUCAUAGGGUUUCAUUCUCUUAAAAGUUCAGUGCUUUUAUUUUGUGCCACUGGAAGCAGUUGGCUUUCUGGAUGUUUUGUUUUUUAAUUAAAAACUGAGACAUGGACCAU